GCGCUCUUCAUGCGUAUCAGUUGUUGGUGAUACUGAAUGGGGACAUUUACAAAUUGAUGCGACAUCACUUUACCUUUUACUGUUAGCUCAAAUGACUGCAUCCGGAUUACAGAUUGUCUUUAAUUUGGAUGAAGUUGCUUUCAUUCAGAAUCUAGUUUUCUACAUUGAAUCAGCUUAUUGUAUACCUGAUUAUGGUAGUUGGGAGAGAGGAGAUAAAACUAAUCAUGGUCUUCCCGAGUUAAAUGCAAGCUCCAUUGGUAUGGCUAAAGCUGCUUUAGAAGCCAUGAAUGAAUUAGAUCUUUUCGGUGGUCGAGGUGGACCUUCAUCGGUUAUUCAUGUUCUCGCUGAUGAAGCUCAAAAAUGUCAAGCUGUUCUUCAAUCAAUGUUACCUCGAGAAUCAAAUUCUAAAGAGGUUGAUGCUGCUCUUUUAUCUAUUAUUGGUUUUCCCGCUUUUGCCAUUGAAGAUCCUGAUUUAAUUCAACUUACACGUAAGGUAAUAUUGGAUAAACUUCGAGGACGCUAUGGUUGUAAAAGAUUUCUUCGUGAUGGUUACAAAACAGCUAAAGAAGAUCCAUCUCGACUUUAUUAUGAACCUUGUGAGCUUAAAGUUUUCGAGCACAUUGAAUGUGAAUGGCCGUUAUUUUUUUGCUAUCUUAUACUUGAUGCUUGUUUCAGAGGUGAUAGAGAAAGGAGUUUAGAGUUUUCUGAUGCUCUGGAUAAAGUUCUAGUCAAAACUGAUGAUGGACUCAAAUUGGUUCCCGAAAUGUACACUGUUCCUGCCAAUCUAGUUGACGCUGAGUACAAGAAUCCUAAAAGUCAAGAUCGAAUACCAAUUGGACAAUGUCCGUUCAUGUGGGCACAAUCUCUGUACAUUUUGGGUAGAUUACUUCAAGAAGGUUUUAUCGCACCAGGAGAAAUGGAUCCAUUGAAUCGUAGAUUAGGAGCUGAUAAAAAACCUGAUGUUGUUGUACAAGUUGUUAUUCUUGCUGAAGAUGCUAUCAUGAAGGAAAAACUUUCUGCUCAUGAUAUCAAUAUACAGACAGUUGCUGAAGUCUCUCCAAUCGAGGUUCAACCAGCUCGUGUUCUAAGUCAUCUCUAUGCGUACCUUGGUCGUAAUAAGAAACUCAAACUUUCUGGUCGACAAUCGCGCGAUGUUGGCAUUUUAAGUACUAGUAAACUUUACAGUCUUCAUGAUAGGAUUUUCGCUUUCAUCCCUCAGGUUUUAUCGCACCAGAAGAAAUGGAUCCAUUGAAUCGUAGAUUAGGAGCUGAUAAAAAACCUGAUGUUGUUGUACAAGAUAAACAUGGGACAUUUAAUCACAAUACUUUAAAUAUCUUUACGGCAAUGGAAAUUUCGUAAUGAUAACUUGUUUACACCGCUGUCUCAUUUUAUGAUAUA